UAUCAGUUUGAGUCCACGUCAGGAUUUAUCUUAUCAAAUGUAUUGCAAGUUCAGUUGCAACAGAGCUAUUUGUGCAAUGUAAGACAUUUUCAGUACGGUUUACAAAAUUCUCGGUUUAGCAAUACUUAUGUUUCUUGAAAUACAAUAUGUUCUGCUCCUGAAUGGAAAUACAGCAAUGACAAUCACAACUACAACGGCUGAACAAAUAACAGCGUCUUAUACAACAGCGUCAUCUUCAAAAACAACGAUCAUGACACCUUUACCUAUAACUAUUACCACACCUAUACCAACAACUACUACUACAACAACUGCAUUGACAAUACCUUCCUCAUCCAAUACAACAACAUCACCAUCCACUUCAACGCCUGACUCAUCCAAUACAACAACACCUGCAUCAUCCAGUACAACACCUGCAUCAUCCACUACAACAAUACCUGAAUCUUACACUACUACGACACCUGAAGUAUCUACAACAACACCUGAAUCAUCCACUAGAACACAUGCAUCUUGCACUAGAACACCUGAAAUAACAACUACCACACCUGCAUAUUUCAUUACAACACCUGAAUUAUUCUCUUCUAAUCCUGCAUCAUCUGUUUUAACACCUGUACCAUUCACUUCAACGCUUGCAUUACCCCCUACAAUACCUGCAUAUUUCACUAAAACACCUGAAGUAUCAACUACACCACCUGCAUCAUUUACUGUAACACCUGAAUCAUUUACCACAACACCUAAAUCAUUCACCACAACACCUGCAGCAUCUAAUUCAAAACCCUCAUUAGCCACUUCACCACCUGAAAUAUCCACUACAACACCUGAAUUAUCCACUACAACACCUGAAUUAUCCACUACAACACCUGAAUUAUCCACUACAAUACCUGAAUUAUCCACUACAACACCUAAAUUAUCUACUACAACACCUGAAUUAUCCACUACAACACCUGCAUCAUCCAUUACAAAACAUGCAACGUUCACUUCAACACCGGAAAUAGCCACUAUAAUAACACCUACAUUGAUAACUCGUACAACACUUGCAUCAUCAACUACAACACCUGCACCGGCCAUUAAAACACCUGCAUCAUCCACAAACACAGCUGUAUCAUCAACGCCAACGCCUGAAUCAUCCAGUACAAUACCUGCAUCAUCCACUGCAACAACUACAUCAUCCACUUCAACACCUGCAUCGUCCACCACUACAGCAACUGCACCAUCCACUAAAAAGCCUGAAUCAUCAACUACUGCAACACCUGCAUCAUCAACUAAAACACUUUCAUCAUCCACUUCAGCAUGUCCAUCGUUCACUGCAACACCUGCAUCAUCCAAUACAACAUCUGCAACAAUAACUAUGACACCUGAAUUAGCCACUACAUCAACAUUUGAAUUGUCAACUAGUGCAACACUUGCAUCAUCCAAUACAACACCUGCACCAUCCACUUCAACACCUGAAUCAUCAAUUAUAACAACCGCAUCAUCCACUUCAACAUCUGCAUCAUGCACUUCAACACCUGAAUCAUCAACUACAACAACUGCAUCAUCCACUACUACACCUGCACCAUCCACUUCAACACCUGCAUCAUCCAUUACCACACCUGCAACAUCAACUACAACAUAUACACCAUCCACUACAACAACUACAUCAUCAACUACAACAACUUUAUCAUUCAUUGCAAUACAUGCAUCAUUCACGACAACAUCUGUAUCAUCCACUACAACACCUGCAUCAUCUAAUUCAACACCUGAAUCAUCCAUUAAAACAACUGCAUCAUCCACUACAACACCUGCAUCAUCCACUUCAACACCUGAAUCAUCCACUUCAACACCUGCAUCCUCCACUGCAACACCUGAAUCAUCCACUACCACUCCUACAUCAUCCACUUCAUUCAUUCCUGAAUUGUCAACUACACUACCUGCAUCAUCCACUGAAACACCUAAAUCAUCCACUACAACACCUGUAUUAUCCACUUUAACACCUGCAUCGUCCACUACAACACCUACAUCAUCCACUUCAACACCUGCAUCAUCAACUUCAACACCUGCAUCAUCCACUACCACUCCUGCACCAUCCACUACAACACUUUCAUCAUCCACUUCAACACCUGCAUCAUCCACUUCAACACCUGCAUCAUCCACUACCACACCUGCAUCAUCCACUUCAACACCUGCAUCAUCCACUUCAAUACCUGCAUCGUCAACUUCAACACCUGCAUCAUCCACUACAACACCUGUAUCAUCCACUUCCACACCUGCAUCAUCCUCUUCAACACCUGCAUCAUCUACUACAACACCUGCAUCAUCCACUACAAUACCUGCAUCAUCCACUGCAACACCUGCAUCAUCUAAUUCAACACCUGAUUCAUCCACUACAACACCUGCAUCAUCCACUACAACAUCUACACCAUCUACUACAACAACAACAUCAUCCACUUCCACAUCUGCAUCAUCCACGUCAUCACAUGAAUUGUCCACUACGACACCUGCAUCAUCCACUACAACACCUGCAACAUCCACUACAAUACCUGCAACAUACACUACAACACCUACACCAUCCACUAAAACAACUACAUUAUCCACUACAACAACUUUAUCAUCCAUUACAACAACUGAAUCAUCCAUUGCAAUACAUGCAUCAUUCACGACAGCACAUGUAUCAUCCACUACAACAUCUAAUUCAACACCUGAGGCAUCCAUUAAAACAACUCCAUCAUCCACUUCAACAUUUGCAUCAUCAACUACAACAACUGCAUCAUCCACUACAACACCUGCAUCAUCCAUUGCAAUACAUGCAUCAUUCACUACAACACCUGUGUCAUCCACCACAACAACUACAUCAUCCAUUACAACAGCUGUAUCAUCCACUUCAACACAUGUAACAACAUCUACUGCAACACCUCCGUCAUCAACUGCAACAUCUUCGUCAUUUACUACAACGCCUGUACAAACAAUGACUACGACACCUGUACCAACUACUAUAACAACUGCAUCAUACACUUCAACACCUGAGUCAUCAAAUACAACACCUACAUCAUCUACAACACCUUCGCCAUCCACUACAAGACCUGUAUCAUUCAUCGCAACUCCUGAAUCAUCCACCCCAAAAUUAUCAUCAGAAGCGACAACAAAGUCAUCAACAACAAAAUCGCAAAAUCCUACUGCAACGUCAGGCGGAACAAGAACAACACCAAAACCGACGACAAUCGCAAUCACAUCUACAACAGCAUACUCCACUACAAGUACUGGUCUUAAAACUCCAUCUUAUACUACCAGUAUGACUUCAACUACAUCAAUGAAAUACUUCGGUUGUAGAACACCGCCUGGACUGCUGAACGGCUAUUUUACUAAAGAAGAAACAACUUACGAUUCAUCGAUUGAAUACAAGUGCAUAACCGGGUAUAACCUAAUUCGAAACAACACCAUUGUGUGCCUUGAAAAUGGGAACUGGAGUCCACUCAUGACUAAAUGCGAUAUAAAAAAUUGUAAGGAUACUCCAACUGUUGCAAACGGAUCGUGUUUCUCCAAUACUUCCACAUACCAGUCUGUCGCUGUUUGUUUGUGUGAUGUGGGAUACACUUCUUCUGGGGACAAUUAUACAGAGUGUCUUGCCAGUGGAACGUGGGCUGAUGUCAAAAUCACAUGUACAAUCAAAGACUGUGGGCCACCAACUGGGUUGCUAAACGGCUCUAACACUCAAGGGAAAACAACUUUCAAUUCAUCGAUUGAAUACUCGUGCAACAAUGGAUAUGACUUAACAGGAAACGACACCAUUAUGUGUUUGAAAACUGGAAACUGGAGUGAGCUGGAGGCCACAUGCAUCAUUAAAGAUUGCAACCUAACUAAACCUAUAUCGAACGGAGCGUGUAUCGCCAAUACCACAACAUACCUGUCUAAGGCUGAGUGUUCGUGUGAUGCAGGAUACACACUGCAUGGAGAAAACUAUCCCGAAUGUCUUUCUAAUGGAUCAUGGAGUUACGUCAAUAUCACUUGUGUAAUCAAAGAUUGCGGAAACUCAAUACAUACGCUGAAUGGAAUGAUUGAGUAUUCAAACAAUACAACAUACCUGUCCGUUGCCAAAGUCCACUGCAUUAACGGAUAUAGACUGAAGAAGGAACACAACAACAGCGUUACAUCAGAGGACAUUAACUGCACUGAAUACGGUCUCUGGCAGGUCUCAAAUGGCUGCGAACCUAAAGACUGUGAUCCACCACCAAAUGGCAAUCUAUUUACAAUGAACGCACCAGCGAGGACUUUUAAACUCAUCUGCCUUGUACACUUGUGACCGUGGGUACCGCACACAUAAUCACACAACUAUCGUUUAUAAUGAAGAAGGGCUUUGGAGUGGUGAACCACCAUUAUGUUCUGGUAUUUAUAUCCUGAACAAGUAGUGUAGGAAAUAAAUAAAGGUGUAAGCAGAAUAGGGGAAACUUUAUAACGUGUUAUCGUUUAUGUAAACGAUAUGUUUCUCGUCCGUACAGCCAAAUAUAAACAUUAUAUUCGUUAGAAGUAUAUACAUUUUGAUUGAAAAGAAGUAUUGAUGUUCACAAGAAAUUAAUGCCAAUCUAAAGAAUGUAGAAUUGUAUUAUAUUAUUGUAAAUAUGUAAUGACUUCAAAUUAGUAGACAUGUGAAAUAACAUGAAAUACAACAGACAUCGACGAGUGUCUGCACAGGAAUACGUGCCACUAUAACGCCAAUUGUACGAACACUGAAGGCAGCUUCAAGUGCGAAUGUCAAACCGGAUACAGAGAUCUAGAUGGGAUCGGUGGGCAACACUGUGAUGAUAUAGACGAGUGUUCCUCUGGUGGCGAUGUCUUUUGCGCAACAACCAGACACGGGUAUGUGUGAAUAUUGACGGAGGUUACGUGUGUGUAUGCAACAAGGGCUUUACUGGACCAAAAUGUGAAAGCGAUAUUGAUGAAUGCGAUCAUAACACAUCGUGCGGCGGCAAUGCGGAUUGUUUCAACACGUUCGGAAGGUUCACAUGUACGUGUCGUAAGAGCCAUCCACAGGGCAACCCCUAUCUGGGCUGCUUCG